AUGCCCUCCCCCCUCCGCACAGCGGCCACAGCCGCCCGCUACGGGCCCUCCACAACCCGGCACGCCCUGCGCCGGCUCUACUCCUCGAGCAGCCACUCCGCCGCAACGCCGGCAACCUCGCCCUUCGCACCGCGCCAUCUGCUCUCAAUCGCCGACCUAACCCCGACCGAAUUCGCAACCCUCGUCCGCAAUGCCUCCUCCCACAAGCGGGCCAUCAAAUCCGGCUCCAUCCCCCAAUCCCUCCACGGCGCCCUCUCCGGCAAGACCGUGGCCAUGAUGUUCAGCAAGCGCAGCACCCGCACGCGCAUUUCCACCGAAGGCGCCGUCGUCCAAAUGGGCGGUCACCCCAUGUUCCUCGGCAAGGACGACAUCCAACUCGGAGUGAACGAGUCCCUCUACGACACUGCCGUGGUCGUCUCCUCCAUGGUGGAAUGUAUCGUUGCCCGCGUGGGCAAGCACGCUGACGUCGCGGACCUCGCUAAGCACUCCACCAAGCCCGUCAUCAAUGCCCUCUGUGACUCGUAUCAUCCGUUGCAAGCCAUUGCGGAUUUCCAGACAAUUAGUGAGCAUUUUGGCGGUUCUGGGAAGCACAAGGGUGGGAAGUUAGAGGGGUUGGGAUUGGAUGGGUUGAAGAUUGCUUGGGUGGGCGAUGCCAAUAAUGUGCUGUUCGAUAUGGCUAUUAGUGCCAGGAAAAUGGGCGUCGAUGUUAAUGUUGCUACACCCAAGGGUUAUGAGAUCCCUACGGAGAUGUUGGAGAUUAUUGAGAAGGCCGGCGAGGGCGUUAAGUCCCCCGGCAAGUUGGUGCAGACGAAUGUUCCCGAGGAGGCGGUUAAGGGGGCUGAUGUGUUGGUUACUGAUACUUGGGUGUCGAUGGGUCAGGAGGAGGAGGCUGCUAAGAGGUUGAGGGAUUUCGCUGGAUUUCAGAUUACGAGUGAGUUGGCCAAGAGGGGUGGGGCCAAUGAGGGCUGGAGGUUCAUGCAUUGUCUUCCUAGGCAUCCUGAGGAGGUGGCUGAUGAGGUGUUUUAUGGCAAUCGGUCGUUGGUUUUCCCUGAGGCGGAGAAUAGGUUGUGGGCUGCUAUUUCGGCGUUGGAGGGAUUUGUGGUUAAUAAGGGGAAGAUUGAGUGA